UUUUCAAAAUUCGGGUUUAGGGCCGGGUUCUUGGCUGACAGUUCAAAAAAAACUCCGGACGCGCUCGCCUCCGUCCUUCCCGCCGUUUAUCGUCCCCAAAUCCAAAUGGCGGCCAGCCUUCUUCCUUUGUUCAUAUGCUUGAGACCUUCCCUUUCAGGGCCAAGUUCUUGGCGCCGUCAGAUUAGAAUGCCACGCACCGCCCUCGCUGCCAAAUUUCUACCAUCUCCCCCACGUGUGGGAAAGAGCCACGAGGUGCGAGGCAUUGAUAAGCACAACGAGCAUGAAGGACUCCCUGAAGAGUUUCUUGAUGCUGAAUGGCAAGCACAACAGAGGGAAAAAACCCGGGAAUGGCAUGCUUAUCGUAAAAAGGAAGAAGAAAAGGAAAAAAUGAAAGAUGAUGAAUAUCGUGAAAUAGGUCUGCGUCUGAAGGGGUAUCCCGAGGACGAACUUAGGGAGGCAAGGAAAUUAGUUUCGAGUUUUAUAAGAGCUGAAGAAGAAGUCGAAGCAAAAAUUGAGGAGGCUGCUGAAAAAGGCCAACUUACAGAGCUAGUUUUGAUGGUCAUAUGGAAUCGUCUUGAUCUUGCUCGUCGCGAUGACGAGAAGGAUGUCAUUAGAAGUCUUGACCUCUUAUAUAGGAGAGUAGAGACAGAGAUUCUAAAGAGGGAAGCUACAGCAUCCAUGAUGUUGCUAAAUGAUCUCUUGAACCUCUAUUGUGGGAACGACCAUGAGGGUUGGCUGAAAAAAUGUCGGAAACGCAUGAUCGACACUUUUCCUCGAGAGGAUCCUUUCAGCAUUCUUGCCCCUCCUGGUUUUGACAUUAACAAUCAUGAAGGUCAUAUUGGACUCCCACCUGAAGAUAAUGACUUGCUAUUGAGAGUUGACUUUAUUAGAGAGGUUGACGAAUUGCUACAAGAAGUCAAAGCUGAGAACAGAGGCAGCAUUCCUCAGGGUCUCGAUCCCGAAUCGGUUGCGGCUCGGCUGAAGCUACAAGAGAAGAAACAGACUAUUCACCAGGUAGAAACCCUGCUUGAACUCGCUAUGACACUGAAGUGGUGAUACUGUUUUAAUAUUAAAUGAAAAAUUUGGAAUAUAUGAAAAUAUGAAGUUUUUUGUAAAGGAAUUCAUGCAUGUUAAGGAUUAUUUGUUCAACUGCAGAAGAAGAUAUACUAAAUGAAAGAUG